AUGAAUGAACAACCAUUGAAAACCCUCAUUGAGGUGAGGGAAGAUUUCAUGCUUUCACCAGCUGGUGAUAGUGAACCAACACUCAGAACAGCCCAUUUUAUCAAACCUAUUGCAAAUUCCAUUGAUGAAUCAACUUUUAAGGUUAACCCAUUUUCAUCAUCUUCUGUUUCUGGACUAAAGGAGAGACCUUUGACAACCCAUUUUCAUGGCUGGAGAUACAACCAAGAGAAAUGGUUCUAUUGGGUUGAUAAACUUAAACCAAAGUAUCAACAUUUGUGGAGGAAAGCUGGAAUCUUUCAAGCUAUCAUGAGUACUAAAUGUUACAUACAUAAAUAUGUAAACUUGUUAAUUGGGGUUGUGGAUAAUUGGUGUUCUGAGACAAAUACAUUUGUGUUUCCAUUUGGUGAAGCAACUAUCACUUUAGAGGAUGUCAUGGUUUUAGGAGGUUACCCUAUUCUUGGUGAUCCCGUUUUCACUUCACUUGAAGACCAAGAAUUGAGAGAGGUGCAAAAGAAAUUGAUCCUUGCGAGACAGCAGCCGACAAAUAGGAAACAGAGAGGUCAAAGAACAUUAGCGUGGAUGGAUAUUUUCAUUGAUAAAGGUAGUGAAAUUGAACAUGAAGCAUUUCUUGCUACUUGGUUGUCAAUGUUUGUAUUUCCACAUUUAAGUUUGGUGAAAAGUUGUUUGUUUCCUAUUGCUAUUCAUCUUGCUAGAGGAAAUCCUAUUGCUUUAGCACCUGCAGUUUUAGCUAGCUUAUAUAAGGAUUUAAGUUUUUUUAAGAAAACAAUUGUUGAUUUGUCAAAAUAUCCUAUUGAUGAAGUUACUAUUCGGUCACCCUUUUAUUUAGUUCAAAUUUGGGUAUGGGAGAGAUUCAAAAAUUUACAACCACAACCCAUGUUGAUCAACCAUGGAGACCCUUUUUUACUUAGGUGGCAUAAGGUUAGGUCCGUUCAAAUGAAAAUAGACAGUGUUAAAUUGGCAUUAGACUCUGCUACCAAUGAUUUUCUUUGGCGUCCAUAUGUUAGAUAUUCUGAUAAGUGUGAAAUGUUUUAUCAAAAUGAUGAAAUUUGGAUACCAUUUAAGAAAGAUUUGGUGGAUGAACAAAUGCUCUCAUUUGUUAUAUCCUUGAGAGUUUCUGAGCUUGUUGGAUUUGACUCCAUAGAGCAGUAUUUGCCACAUAGAGUUGCUAUGCAAUUUGGUUUUGAUCAGGAUGUUCCAAGUUAUGUCCCUAGGUUCAAUGAGACUGAAGAGAUUGCUUGGAAAAACUACUGCAGGCCCAUAUAUGAUAAAAAAUUGUAUUUUCCACCAAGACUUUUUGAGGCAGAUGUUACCUCCCGUUAUUCAAUGUGGUGGAAGCAAUCGGUAUUGGGUAGCAACGAUUUUGUUAAGAAAAUUGUGCAGAGGAAGAGAAGUGCAAGUUCAAGGAAACAUAGAGCUCAUGUAGGAAAUGCAAACAGAAGUGGUAAUGAUGUUGGUGUUCCACCUGGAUUUCCUCCCAAUCUUGUUGACUCUCUUACUUUUGCAAAAUUUUGUGAUGAUGGUUCAAAACCUAAAACUAGGAAGGUUGAAGAAUUUUAUGCUGAUGUUCAUCAUGAAAAUUCUGUUCCUGAUUGUUCACAAAUGACAAAACAUAACACUGUUAUUCCUUGCAUAUAUGUUGAGGAUUCUAACCAUGUUUCAAAAGUUAACAUUGAACUUUCAGUAGGGAGUUUGGAGGAAGGUUUUAAAGAUGCAAAUGGGAGCAAAGAAGCUAAGAUGUCUAGUGACAGAGUAUGUUCAUCUGAGACUAAUGGAAAAAGUUGUAGCUAUGCUAUCAGAAACAAUGUCUCUUCAUCUAACAACAUUACUGCUACUCAGCAUGAUGUUCAGUUUCUCUCUGAUAACGUUACUCAAGUUGAAGCUAAAGAAACAGUUGAAGAAAAAGAAAGAGAAGAAAAUGAUCAUGAAGUUGUGGUUUUGUCAAAAGAGCGAUCAAAAUCAAGUCCGAGAGGAGAUAAUAAUAAUACAAUAAAGGUUGAAGAAUCUUAUGACCUACCGCGGCCACCUGGUGUUACUUCCAAGUUUGAGAGAAAUCAAAUGGAAGGUUCCGAUAAAGACCAUCAGUUUGUAGUUUAUGAACUAUCAAGUUCUGAUGAUAAAGCAAUUGCAAAUGGUAAAGCUUUGUCUGGUGCUGAAUUUGAUGAUUUUAUAUCAUCAUUUGUGGGCGAUGAAGCAGAAAUGAAUAGUUUAUUUUGUGAUAGAAAUGAUGAAAAAGGAGAAAGUUUUAGUCCUUUUACAUUAGACAUGGCAAUUGAUCUUGAAAACAGGAUUCAGAAGCUUGAAAGUGUGGCUGAUAAGAUAAGGUUAAAGAAGCAAGAUUUGGCUCAAAAGAUUUUCAUUGACGAGUUAGUUUAA